AUGGACGACACUUCAGAGCAGACUCGUUCGCAAAAGGUUCUGGAGCUGACCGAUCUGGUGCAUGCUUCCCUCGACUUAGAGUAUACCAAAACCACAGGCUCGCUAUAUGCAUCGAAGUCCUUGAGGCACUCGUCCACCAGAAAGCAGCUGGGCUUUAUGAAAACUUUUCAUUAUGAAGGCCGGCUGCUCACUGAGAAAGUGACGACGUGUGUCGUGAAGAGGCUCCUCGACCACAAAAACUUGGAGCUCCCCAACUAUCCCGGCUACUCCAAACGUACAUGGGUUAAGGAACAGGCCCAGGUGCUGUUGUCUUUACUCCAGAAAGCCCGGCGACAAUAUAGUGCCAUGGAUCCCUCGACGAUGGAGACACAAGAAUGGAACCUGGAUCCACAGGAGGACUCACAGGUGUUGAAGCGGGGGGCCUCGAAUUCUGCCGAGCAAGCGGAUCCGAUUCCGAUCCAAGACGCCUCCGAAUGCAACUUCGGUUUUUUCCUGAGUGCAGAUCAUGGAGAUGGGGAUCCAUGGGAUCCCAUGGACUGGGAGUGGAAGGAUGAUUAUGGCUGGGUCAAGAAGGAGCCAUCGGAUGAGGCUUGCGACAAGGGCGAGCCCGGCACAGAGAAUGAUGGUGAUGGCCGCCAACGGUUGACUGAGGUUGUUAGU